AUGUCUCGGCAGUCCACCAUCACCUUCCACUCCGGCAGCCGCAGGGGUUUCAGCACAGCCUCCGCCACCACCCCAGCUACUGGCCGCUCCCGCUUCAGCUCUGUCUCCGUGGCCCGCUCCUCAGGAAACAGUGGGGGUCUGGGCAGGAUCAGUGGCGCUGGUGCUGGCACUGGCUUCGGAAGCCGCAGCCUCUACAACCUUGGGGGGACCAAGCGGGUCUCCAUCGGUGGAUAUGCUGGCAGUGGCUUCCGGAGCGGCUUUGGUGGCAGGGCUAGCAGUGGGUUUGGGGUCAGCAGUGGCUUCGGUUAUGGGGGUGGCAUUGGAGGGGGCUUCGGUGGCCCGGGCUUCCCUGCCUGUCCCUCUGGAGGCAUUAUUCAAGAGGUCACCGUCAACCAGAGCCUCCUCACUCCCCUCAACCUACAAAUCGACCCCACGAUCCAGCGGGUGCGGAAAGAGGAGCGCGAGCAGAUCAAGACCCUCAACAACAAGUUUGCCUCCUUCAUCGACAAGGUACGCUUCCUGGAACAGCAGAACAAGGUCCUGGAGACCAAGUGGAACCUCCUGCAGGAGCAGGGCUCCAGGACUGUCAGGCAGAACCUGGAGCCCUUCUUCGACGCGUACCUCAAUGACCUCCGCCGGCAGCUGGAUGGCGUCACUGCUGAAAGAGGCAGGCUGGAUGCCGAGCUGAGGAGCAUGCAGGAGGUCGUAGAAGACUUCAAAGUCAGGUACGAAGAUGAAAUUAACAAGCGCACUGCCGCCGAGAAUGAGUUCGUGGGCCUGAAGAAGGACGUGGACGGUGCCUACAUGAACAAGGUAGAGCUGGAGGCUAAGGUGGACUCUCUGACUGACCAGAUCAACUUCUACCGGAUGAUCUAUGAGGCAGAGCUUUCUCAGAUGCAGAACCAGGUGAGUGACACCUCGGUGGUCCUGUCCAUGGACAAUAACCGCAGCCUGGACCUGGACAGCAUCAUCGCCGAGGUCAAGGCCCAGUACGAGGACAUUGCCAACCGCAGCCGGGCAGAGGCUGAGUCCUGGUACCAAACCAAGUAUGAAGAGCUGCAGGUGACAGCUGGCCGGCAUGGCGACGACCUCCGCAACACCAAGCAAGAGAUCUCGGAGAUGAACCGGAUGAUCCAGAGGCUGAGAUCUGAGAUUGAUGCCGUCAAGAAGCAGUGUGCCAGUCUGCAAACUGCUAUCUCAGACGCUGAGCAACGUGGAGAGCUAGCCCUCAAGGAUGCUCGGGCCAAGCUGGUGGACCUUGAAGAUGCCCUGCAGAAGGCCAAGCAGGACAUGGCCCGGCUGCUGCGCGAGUACCAGGAGCUCAUGAACGUCAAGCUGGCGCUGGACGUGGAGAUCGCCACCUACCGCAAGCUGCUGGAGGGCGAGGAGUGCAGGCUGAGCGGAGAGGGAGUUUCCCCAGUGAACAUCUGUGAGUAUGACCCCUGUGGCUUGGAGCUCACGUGGUCAGCUGUGGUCACUUCGACCGUUUCCAGCGGCUACGGUGGUGGCAGCAACAUUGGAGGUGGAAGCCUGGGUCUUGGCGGGAACAGUGGCUAUUCCUUCACCACCAGCGGUGGGCACAGCCUGGGUACAGGUCUGGGAGGCUCUGGCUUCACCACCAGUAGCAGCCGGGGCCCGGCGGGCAGUGGCUCCAGCAUCAAGUUUGUUUCCACCACGUCGUCCAGCAGGAAGAGUUACAAGCACUGAGGUGGCCGGCCUGCAGCCUCCCUUUGCUGCUGCCCUGAAGCCUCCUUGCACUUGUAACUGGAUGCCUGGGCCCUUCCCCCAUAUCCUCUUCACAGGACC